AUGUUGUCCAUGUUCGGAAAAAAUCUUGCUAAAAGAUGCUUCUCAACUGGCGCCCCAGCCAAUGUUGGAAGGAUCACUCAGGUCAUUGGAGCUGUUGUCGAUGUUCACUUCGAAGAAGAGCUCCCUCCGAUCCUCAAUGCUCUUGAAGUAGAUGGAUUAGAUAGAAGAUUGGUACUUGAAGUGUCAGCACAUCUUGGAGGUCAUACUGUUAGGACCAUUGCCCUUGACUCUACUGAUGGUCUUGUCAGAGGACAAGAGGUCGUUAACACCGGAGACCCAAUUACAGUCCCAGUCGGAAAGGCAACAUUGGGAAGAAUCAUGAAUGUCAUUGGAGAAGCUAUUGAUGAGAGAGGUCCAAUUGACACUGAGCAUUUCUUACCAAUCCAUAGAGAAGCUCCUUCUUUCGAAGACCAGAGUUCUGAGGCAGAAAUCCUCGAAACCGGAAUCAAGGUUGUCGAUCUGCUCGCUCCAUAUGCCAGAGGAGGUAAAAUCGGAUUAUUCGGUGGUGCUGGAGUGGGUAAGACCGUCUUGAUUAUGGAGCUUAUCAACAAUGUUGCUAAGAAUCAUGGAGGUUUCUCAGUCUUCGCUGGUGUCGGUGAAAGAACCAGAGAAGGAAAUGAUUUGUACCAUGAAAUGAUUGAGUCUGGUGUCAUUGACAUCGAGGGAGAUAAGUCUAAAGCAGCACUCGUAUAUGGACAGAUGAAUGAACCACCAGGUGCCAGAGCUAGAGUUGGAUUGACUGGACUGACUAUUGCUGAAUAUUUCAGAGAUGAAGAAGGACAGGAUGUAUUGCUCUUUAUUGACAAUAUUUUCAGAUUCACUCAGGCUUGCUCAGAAGUGUCAGCCUUGCUAGGACGUAUCCCAUCUGCUGUCGGAUAUCAGCCAACAUUGGCCUCAGAUUUGGGAGUAUUGCAGGAAAGAAUUACUACUGUUAAGAAGGGAUCAAUCACAUCAGUGCAAGCUAUUUAUGUACCAGCAGAUGAUAUCACUGAUCCAGCCCCAGCUACUACAUUCGCACAUCUUGAUGCUACUACUGUGUUGUCAAGAGCCUUGACUGAGAUUGGUAUCUACCCAGCCGUCGAUCCUCUCGACUCUAAAUCAAGAAUGCUUGACCCAGCCAUUGUAGGAGAAGAGCACUAUAACUGUGCAAGAGAUACUCAGAAAUUGCUCCAGGAUUACAAAUCAUUGCAAGAUAUUAUUGCUAUUUUGGGAAUGGAUGAGCUCUCAGCUCAAGAUAAAUUGACUGUUGCCAGAGCCAGAAAGGUAUCAUUCUUCCUCUCCCAGCCAUUCUUCAUGGCUGCUGCUUUCUCUGGUAUGGACGGUAAGUCUGUCCACCUCGAAGACACUAUUGAAGGAUUCAAUGCCCUAUUGAGAGGAGAAGGAGAUGACUACCCAGAAUCCGCUUUCUACAUGACUGGUACUUUCGCUGAAGCUCUUGACAAAGCUAAAGAAAAGGAAGCUGAGUCUAAAUAA